AUGGCACAAAACGGCAGAAAUGCUGGUGUUCAAUACCAAGACGGCACCAAUGGCAACAACUUCGAUCGUAGUGAAGAGGAGGAGGAGGAGCUUUCAGUUCCGAGAGGGGGACCCCUCUACGUUCAAAAUCUGAUUAGUCCCCUCAACAGUGUCCCUUUUUUCCAGUCUUCGAUUCUCCAACAACUGCAGGGUUUAGAGGUAGAAGUAUCUGAAGAUACGUCUCAAGUUUCUGACGAAGACAUCUCGGUGGAUGAGCUCAAGAUCAUCAGUGAGGAAGAGUUAGUGGAUAUGGCUAUCAAGGAAGUACUUAACGAUGAUGAAACUGCACCCAGUAUAGGUAUAGCAGAUGACCUUGAGAUGUCAGAUGAUAGAAAUUGUAAAAAGAAACCAAGGAAAAGAAAAGGAAGGGAGACAAAUAAUCAUACUGUUGAGGACAAGAAGGCUUUUUGGUCACAUAUUGCAAAGAAGGUGGAGCAUUUUAAGAAAAGCAAAGAAAAACAGGACGAAGAUAAAGCAUCUGUUACACUGCAUUCAUACAACCCUAGUCUGAAAAUCGAGGGUUGCCGUGCCGUCAAAUCAUCCUCAAGAACAAUUGAAAGGCUGAAGCCCCUCCGGUCUGCAAGUUCAGCAGUGAAGGUUAAAUCAUGCAGCAACAGUAGCAUUCAGGACUACAUACCUGUGCACCAUCCAGAAGUUGUUCUUACAGUCGAGGUUUACCAUAAUGUGAAAAUCUGGAUGAAGACACAAGAAUUCUUGGUACUAGGGAGACAAAGCUUAACUGAAUUGAGGGAUAAGAUAUACUGCUCAACAGACCAUGCGAUGCGAAAAGAUCCUUCAGGAUAUUUCCUUAUUGAGGAUACAUUCUACAAUGAUUUGCGCUACCCCUCGGCAUUAGACUACAGUGAGCCUAUACUUGAUUGGCUUACAAACUCAACACAUGAUGCUCUUCAAAAAUGGGAAUCCAUUUUAGGUGGAGCUAACAUGCAAAAGAAGAAAAAAUUGGCGGUUGUGGAUGGUCUAAAAGGCUCACAAUUGCCUCACUACAGAACUAUUGACAUGCGCAAGACAAAGUUUAGGGACUUGAAAUUUCGACUUGGUGCUGGAUAUCUGUAUUGUCACCAGGGAGACUGCAGGCACACGAUUGUGAUUCGAGACAUGCGACUGCUUCAUCUGGAGGAUGUACAGAACAGUGCAGUUUAUCCCAUACUGUUAUUCCAACUGAAGCUAAAUGUUAGAAAAUGUAAUGUUUGUAGGAUAUAUAGAGCCACAAAGGUGACUGUAGAUGACAAAUAUGCUCCGGAGAACCCUUGCUACUUCUGCGAGCAGUGCUAUUACCUUCUUCACUAUGAGAGUAAUGGUUCUCUGCAUUAUCAAGACUUCAAAGUGUAUGAUUAUCACCAUGAUCAACCGCGUUGA